AUGCUUUUGGGAAACAACCAGAAACUCAGCCCGGCCCGUCUACGACCCGCCGCUGUGGGCACGUCUUACAAGCCGAACUUGGCCGCGCACAUGCCCGCCGCCGCCCUCAACGCCGCUGGAAGCAUCCGUUCCUCUUCCACCAGCAUGGCAGCAUCCUCCCAGUACCGCCAACUGCUGAGCGACUAUGGGCCACCAUCACUGGGCUACACCCAGGGAACUGGAACAGAAAGGUGCCCCAGAGCAAGUAUGCGGAAACUGCUGGCCAUCAUCGAAGAGCUGGGGAAAGAGAUAAGGCCCACCGAUGCAGGGAGUAAGAGUGCCAAGGAGAGACUGGUUUGGGAGUGCUUAGCUGAAACAGAGCUGAAUGCCAGAUCCUAG